UCUUCGUUACUUGCAUCAGGGAGAAUGGACAGAUCGGUGCUUUCUCUUGUGCUGGUAUCAGCACUCACAGUGCUCUUGGCUGGUGUGCAUGUUGAAUGCAAGGCGAGGGUGUGUUACUUCGGUCCCCCACCAGAACCUGAUCCUGAUAAUCCGGAUAACUGGAUGGAGCAAGUCAUGCAAAAGAUAGGGAAGCGUUGCUCGGGAAAGAGGCAACCUACCCCAGCCGUAACGGGCAAACCUACCCCAGCCGGUACGGGCAAACCUACCCCUGGUACGAAGAAACCUACCCCAGCUGUUACAGAGAAACCUACCCAAACUAGUACGGAGAAACCUACCCCAGAUGGUACGGGCAAGCCUACCCUAGCUGGUACGUGGGAAUCUACCCCAGCUGGUACGGGGACAACUACCCCAACUCCUGAGUGUCCAAGUCCAGCGCCACUCGGCAUGGAGGACGGGACAAUCCCUGAUAAUCGCAUCACGGCGUCCAGCACUUACGCCAGUUACCAUGCGUGGGAGGGCCGCCUCAACAAUGCCAAAGCAUGGACAUCCACAGGUACCGAUGCCAAUCCCUGGAUCGAGGUGGAACUCGUGGACAGCACGGUGGUGACGGGCAUCAUUACACAAGGCGACAGUAUCGGUUGGUAUGUGAAGCAGUUCCAGGUGGCGUACCAGAAGCUGCCCUCAUCUUAUUAUGAACACAUCACAGAUGGAAACGGAAACAUCAAGGUGUUCGUCGGUAACACAGAUGACCGCACCCCAUUCACUAACCUGUUUAAAGAGAGUGUGGUAGCGACGGUAGUGCGCAUUGAGCCUACUGAUUGGAAAAGUAAUUAUGCUGCUCUGCGAUUAGAGCUAAUUGGAUGUCGUCGUGAUUAAAAAUGAAAUAUUUAAUGCUCCACAAGUUUCCUAUUGAAACAUAGUUAACUUUUGAAUUUCAGAGGCAAAAAACAGACCAAGGCCAACUUCCAUAUGUAUUGGGACGUAUUACUAUUUUGUAUUAUAAGUAUAGCUGUUAUCGCAAAGCCAUCAACCAUCCUGACGCUAGCAGCCAAGUAGUUAAGAAGGGCGAUUUCUAAAGGUUAUAACGUAACGCUCUAUUUUGAAUGAAACUACAUAUGU